GUUUUUUUUUUCUAUCAGCUAUGUCUUCUAAUACGCCAUCUUCUAGCGCCGCCGCCGCUGCCGGAUCUGUAGAUUCUUCCGCCGCCCGGAGAAACUCCAAACGACCCAAGUAUUCGAAAUUUACACAGCAGGAGCUUCCAGCUUGCAAGCCAAUUCUGACGCCUGGUUGGGUGAUUUCAACAUUUUUGAUCAUUAGUGUUAUCUUCAUUCCCCUCGGAGUUAUUUCUCUCUUUGCUUCUCAGGAUGUUGUUGAGAUCGUUGAUCGGUAUGAUAGUGCAUGCAUACCUACAGCUGAUAAGGCUAACAAGGUUGCAUACAUUCAAGGAGCUGGAAAUAAAUCUUGUACCCGGACACUAAUAGUGCCUAAGCGUAUGAAGCAGCCUAUCUACGUAUAUUACCAGCUUGAGAACUUCUACCAGAAUCACCGCAGGUAUGUGAAAAGCCGAAGUGAUUCACAAUUGAGAAGUGUGAAAGAUGAGAAUCAAAUAGACGCAUGCAAGCCUGAGGAUGAUGUUGGUGGGAAGCCAAUUGUGCCAUGUGGUCUAAUUGCUUGGAGUCUCUUUAAUGACACAUACGCUCUAUCAAGAAAUAACCAGAAUUUAACGGUAAACAAGAAAGGAAUCGCAUGGAAGAGUGAUAGGGAACACAAGUUUGGGAAAAGGGUGUUUCCCAAGAACUUUCAGAAGGGCAAUCUCACUGGUGGUGCCAUUCUAGAUCCAAAUAUAUCAUUGAGUGACCAAGAGGAUCUGAUCGUGUGGAUGAGGACUGCAGCGUUGCCAACAUUUAGAAAAUUAUACGGGAAGAUAGAGAGUGACUUGGAGAAGGGUGAUAACAUACAAGUGAUUCUGCAGAACAACUACAACACAUACAGUUUCAGUGGGAAGAAGAAGCUUGUUCUGUCAACAACAAGUUGGCUUGGUGGAAAGAACGACUUCCUCGGCAUUGCUUACCUCACUGUUGGGGGAAUCUGUUUCUUCUUGGCACUUGCAUUUACCGUCAUGUAUCUUGUGAAACCCAGGCGACUCGGUGAUCCUACCUACUUGUCCUGGAACAGAAUUCCUGGAGGUCGGUAAACAAAUGACUGCAUUAUCUGCGUGUAUAAAUCUACUUAUCCGUGGUUGUAAUUUGAUCCAAAACUGAAAGUGAUGAUUUUUUUUUUCUUUAAUAUAGAUGUGAAAUGUAU